AUGAUCUUAAGUUUUAAUGUUUGGUUUAAACGGUAUUCGUUGCUUGUAUGGGUCAUAUUCAUAUGUUCGUUAACGUUGUAUGUCAAAUCAAAACUGAAUGCAAACGAUAAAAGUUCAGUUGAAGGCUUUUUCUGGGUAUUUUCCGAUGCACAUGUUGAUAUUCAUUAUCGAAAUGAUGGUGAUCCUGUUACUCAUUGUCGGAAUGUGUCAUUGACAAAUAAGACUAGGAUAAUUCGCAAAUUUGGACAUUUUGACUGUGAUGCGCCACGUGAAUUACUGACAUCAGCAUUUACUGCAGCGAUAAACAUUGAUUCCAAGGUAGAUUUCGUCAUUUGGCUCGGAGAUUCAACAAGCCAUCGAUCAGCGGGUGGAGAUACGCUUAUACCAGUUUUUGAGAAUCUUUCCCAACAAUUACGAAAUUUUUUUCCCAAAACUCUAAUUCUUCCAGUAUUAGGCAAUCAUGACAUUGUAUUAACAGCGAAUCGUUCCACACGUUUCAGAGAUUUUUAUAACCAAACACAAAUGAAUUUACUCUUAACUGAUACCGAUGCUCGUCGAACAUUUCUCAAAGGUGGUUACUAUUCAAUUCGUUUUCAAACACUAAGAAAUAACAAACAAGUCAUGUUGCGAUUUGUUGUUUUGAACACAGGUAUGUUUCAACCGUAUAUUCUCGACUUUUUCAACACAAAAGAUGCGAUAGAACAAAUCGAAUGGUUCAACAGAACGAUGUCCGAAGCUUUUGAACUUCAUGAUCGCGUAUUACUUCUAUCUCAUUUACCUUUUGGUAUCAACGAAGAUUUGUUAUACAAAUUUUAUAAUCUCAGAUAUGAGGAACAACUUCUUACGAUUAUAAAUCGCUAUUCAUCGAUAAUCAUCAUGUGCUUGAGUGGUCACCGUCACUUCGACAUUCUACGUGUUUAUUCAUCGGGAAAUAUCACUAUGGGUAUUCUUAACCAUGCAGCUAUUAGUCCAGUUGGUUAUCUAACCCAACCCUCGAUUCGGAAAUAUUCUUAUGAUAAACAAAGAUUAGUUUUAACUGAUUAUGAACAGUACAGUUUGAAUGUUCUCGAAGCUGAGCGAACGCAAAACGAUCAUUGGUCGUUAACAUACCGUUUCUCUUCGUGGUAUUAUCAACGAAAAGAAAUUACCUCCGAGAGUUUAUUUCAUCUCGUUCAAUUGAUACGUAGAGAAUCGUUCUACUUGAAACGAUUUUUGUUAAACAAACAUCAUAGUGGGAAACGUCUGAUUAAGAAUCACGAUAUAAUUCAUUCGUUAUGUGCAUUAACGUUAUUUAAUUUCGAUGAAUUUAUUCUGUGUUCGAGAAUCUUGAAGAAUAGAAAUUAUUCCUACGAUAAUCUCAUUGGAAAUCAUUCGUUAGAUAUUAAUGUUCAUGAAAAUGAACAAUGGAGAGAAUAUCGAAUGGUUUAUCUUCGUGUUCUACUUGGUGUGUUUAUAUUCCUAUUGAAGUGUUGUUGUCAUAGAGAUAAAACCGAAUUCUUCCAAGUUCAACAAACAAUUCUAUUCCCUUAUCUGAUCGACAGAAUGGAAUUAACAACGACGUCUCUACCAUUUCUGCACAGCGAACCAUAG